CCAAGUCAGCAGGCCACAUCAUCGGACUACAUCAGCAGGACACGCCAGCAGACCACGUCAGCAGGCCGUGUCAGCCGACAGAGCAGGAAAUACCACGUCAGCGGGCCCCCGGCCUGGUAUAUGCUGUUGCGGUCACAGAAAGCCGUCAUGGACCAGAGGUCCGGAGAAGCAGACGAGGCCUAUCAGGCCCGGGUGCUGGCUUGGAGUACCGAAACAAAGAAACGGGCAGAUGACGCAGCUGCAGCAGCGAAGAAGAAGGCAGAGGAUGCCGAGCAGGCACGUCUGCUGGCACUUGAACAACAGCGCCCGCAUGACGAGGCAGCAGCAAGGGCUGCCGAUGAAGAAAGAAACCAAUGUCGUGAGAAGAUAUUCAGCGGAGAACAGACAUUGCUCGGAAUGGCAGCGGAAUGGCGGACCGAGGCCGAGAAUGGCAAGUUGGAGGAUUGUGAAAACAAGAUCGGGCUCCUCCUCUCGCAUCUCACAGACCUCCUGGCAACCUGCAUUACACAGCAGGAGGGUAUCCACAGCCUCGACGACUCGCUAGCUCAAGUACAAGGCCGCCUCCAGCAGCUGGAGCAGCGACCCGUCGCCGCCGCCGAUGCAAGCUCUUCCAAUACUUCCGAUUGCCUUGAAGCAUUGGAGAUGGACGUCGGCUCCCUCAAGGACAGCGUGCAGUUACUGCAGACCGCAACGCAACAGUUGCAACAUCGGAUCUGUACUACCGCCAACACCUCGAGUUCGGAACCGCGCGAGACAGCUCCAAAGUUUGACGGGCAGGAGAUCUUCUGCGACUCAACGAAGACAGAUCCGAUUCCAUGGUUCCGCAGUUCGAGCUCACGCUGCAGCUACACAACGUCAAAGAACACAAGCACCACGCAUACUUACACUGGUCUGCCCAUUGAAAGGCAAGGGCAAACAGGGAAACUGAGCACCGCCGAGAGUGACUCGACAACACUCUCGACACCUCCGGAACCGAUUUCUUCACGAAUAACCGGCCUUCAUUCCGAGGCGCAUGCGGAAGUCGAUAGUCCUCCUCUUCUACUUUCUUUUGAGGACUAUGCUGCCUGGCUCGUUCCUACGCUGGGUACUCAAGCUCAAGGACAAGACGUGUGUGCGGCAUCUUCUCCGUCCGACAGCAGCGACUUAUCGUCUUCAAGUGGUUCUUCAAGGGAUUCAACGCGCGAGUUCAACAUAGAGGUAUUGGACCCGCUCACGUCCGAGGACUUCGCAUGGCUUCCUCUCCCGACCACAGCCCGCUUGCCGGGACCGCAAUGCGCAGCACUAUGCGCUCAUCUCCACACUUACUUAUCCUUCUAUGCACCACCAACUUCGCCGACGGAUGACGAAGUCGCGGUGGGGGACAUCCUUGCGUAUACUACCAAGGUGGCCCGCGAGUUUCGCACGCAGCGGUACGAUGACAACGACGCACCGCUCAUGUAUGUCCGCAUUCAAGUUGGGCAAGCGUCCUGCAGCGCUUUGCUGGAUAGCAGCGCGUCUCGCAAUUUCACAAGCCAAUCCUUUAUGCAAACGGCUGACCUUGGCGCACAAGUUCGGAGGAAGGCAAACCCGACAGCGAUCAAGUUGGCAGAUGGAAAGACGCAGCAUUUUCUCGACCGUUACAUCGAGGCCGUACCGGUCUAUUUCGCACCUCAUGCAUGCAAACUGGUGACAUUCGAUAUUCUCGACACGGACUUCGACAUCAUUCUGGGAAUGCCUUGGCUUGCAAGUGCGGAUCACACGGUCAACUUCCACCGGCGGACUUUUCGCGUUCGCGACGCCUUCGGCGCGGAAGUGGCGUGUACUAUUCCUCUACCGCACCCUUCGAUUCGGUGCCAAGUGGUGACGGCCAAAUCAUUCCGGGCGACUUGCGCUUACGAGCGGCCCGAGGAGAUCGGCCUAUGUUUCCUACGGGCCAUCGCGGUGGCCGACGCUUCACCCACGGACUUGUCUUCGGACCCCCGGGUGGUGCGGUUGCUGGAUGAGUUCGCCGACAUCUUUGAGUCACCUACCGGUGUGGUGUCGGACUGGCCGAUCUAUCACGAGAUCAUUCUUGAGGCCGGUGUCGUGCCACCGAAAGGUUGGAUCAAUCGCAUGAGCGAGGAGGAACUUGAGGUCCUCCGCGCACAACUCGGCGAUGUGUUGGCCAAGGGCUGGAUCCGCCCUAUCAGCUCCCCAUAUGGAGCACCGGUUCUCUUCGUCCGGAAGAAGAACAAGGAUCUACGAUUGUGUAUCGACCACCGCAAGCUCAACGUGCAAACCGUCAAGAAUGUGGGGCCUCUUCCUCGCAACGACGAUCUUCUUGAGCGACUGAGUGGCGCAAAGUAUUUUUCUAAGUUGGAUUCGAAAUCGGGAUAUCAUCAAAUCUCGAUCACUACAAGUCCGCGUUAAAGAUGCGGUAUGGGCAUUUUGAGUGGGUGGUCAUGCCUUUUGGCCUCACCAACGCCCCGGCGACAUUUCAAGCGGCAAUGACCAAUA